AUGUCCACCCACGACAGCGGAGGCAACGAGACCAGCACCCGCGCUUGCAUCUUCUCCGUCCCAAGUAGCAGCUACAUGCACCAUACCGCAGGCAAUGCAGCCAUCACGGGCGUGGCCGCCGCCUGCGAGUCGGUGAACCGCCUUGAAGCAUCCGAGGCGACGAGGACGGCGGUCCCCUUUCCGGACAUAUCCGCAACCCUAACACCGGAUGGCAGUAACUCUGUGGCGCGCGCAGUGGGGUCGGGCACGAACCAAGACACCCCCAACCCCCCCGUCGCCGUGCCGCCGCAGCCCUCCUCGCGCUCGCAAAACAGUCUGCCUUCAUCGUUCCGCACCUCAGCGCCGUUGUCGGCGACACCCCUUCCCACCUUCGUCGGCGGCAGCGCUGCAUGCCAGCAUCAGUCCAUCGCUGUGGCGGACAGUAUCGUGCGCAGCAGCUCCGCCCUCUUCUCCCACGAUCAGGCGGUGGCGUUGCUCAGUGGCAAGCGAGACAUGAGCACGUCGCCCCCUUCGCGGCACAUCGGCGGCGACAGUAGCCGCUCUGCCACUCCGCUGACGGCGUCCACGACGGCCUCGCUGGACCUGCGUGGCGAGAACAUUCCCAUCCAGCAGAACGCGCUGGAGGUGCUGCAGCGGGCUGUAAACCACGUGCGCUCCAACUUGCAUCAGGGCGGCGUCGUCAAACAGUCCGUGGACUCCGGCACUGAGGAUGAGCGCACGGGGCACAGCAUUGCACAGGCCGUGAGGGCCGUCGUUCGGGCGGCGGAGAUGAUUGAUCAGGAGAACAUGGACAGCAGCUUGAACGACAGCGACGUCGACGAUGCGCCGAGCGAAGCGACAACAGGGACACGGCGCAGCCACAGGGCGAUGGACUGGCGCGACGACGACAACUCCAUCGUCUCCCCUAGCACCUUCUUCCACUCGGAUGCGUCGCUGCAGGUGCGCAGCAACCGCGUCAUGGAGUGCAUUGUAGCGAAUGGACACGCGGCGCAGACCGAGGAGGAGCUCACCUGGCUCUACCGCCACGCCCUGCUCACGUCCCUGCUGGAUACCGAGGACCUGCAGCGCAUUGUGCCGCUCUCCCUCCACCGCGAGUACACCCAUGGCGAACUCAUUCUCGACUUCGGCGCCCCGGUUCAGCACCUGUACGUGGUCGUGUGGGGCAGCGUGGACGUAUUUCAGAUCGACUCCGUUAACAAUGAACAGAAGGCAAUGGAGGGGGCGUUCCGCGUGGCGUCUCACCAAAGCGUGUCGAUGAAGCUGCGCUCGAUGAGCAGCACCCGUGACCGUCACGGCACCCUCUCCUCGUACGGCCUCCAACUCUCCGACGCGCAGGACGCCUCCACCAACAGCGAGAUCCCAUCGGACGCGGUCCACACCCACGUUGCGAGCUUGUGCCCAGGGCAAGUGUUUGGCAUCGAGAACUGCGUCUUCAACACCACCUCGCAGUACGUCUUCCGCGCCGGCAGUGCGAUGUCCAAGACGGUCGUCUCGCUACUGCCCUACGAGGAGCUGCAGCCGGUGCUCUCCCGCAACCCCCGCUUCGCCCAGGGCGUUGGCGUCUGCAUCACAGGCUCCAUGGACGUCUUUGGACCCAUCCGCCAGUUCUGCCGCUACGUUUUCUCGCCGACCAGCGCGCAAAACGAGUACCUGCCGCUGUGGUCGAUCCUGGAGAGCUACACCCGCAUCCACAACGUCAUCCACACGAAGCUGUUCAGUCACGAGGUCGACACCGGCGCGUGGGGCUACGCGCUGAACCGCCUGCCGGAGAACCUGACCUCGACCUUCUGCUUCGACCUCGUGCACGCCCUGCCGCCCUUCAUCGCCAGCCGCAUGAAAGUCGAGGCGCGAGCGGCCGACACGCGCAAGACGGCAGACGGCUUGGCGCGCGCGCGCAGUAUGCGGACGGCCAUCACGUAUAUUCGUACAAAGGAACGCCGUCGCUGCACGUGGCAUCUGGGGAUGGAGGGAAAGACGCUGGUGCUGCUGCGCGACGGCUUCACGGAUCUGCUCGACUUCUUGACAAUGCUGUGUGUGCACAUCAUCGAGAGCAACAAGCUUCGUGGCCGCAUGCAGGGCAUGGUGCACCCUCCGGCGAUCGACGUACUUGACGAGUACCUGCGGCAGCGCGAGCAGGAGGAACUGGAGGGCAAGUACCUGGCAGCCGACGGCGUCACGCGCGACGCCGAGAUGCAGCGCGUGCAGGCGAUCCUGAAGCGCAUGCCGCUUACGGAGGGAGAGCAGGCUGGCCUGCUGCGUAACUGGGGACAUAACACGCUCCUGCGUCUUUAUGAGAUCAUGAUGCACCGCGAGGAGUACAACGUGCGCGUCGACCCGAGCCUGUCCCUCAAGUUCCAGACAAACCCCUUCCACGAGUGGGCCCUGAACCUGCGCGGUUGCGUACUCGAGAAGCUCGGGCUUGACCGCUUCUCCGCGCUGCCAGACAACCUUUGCAUCGACGUCAUCAGCAGCAACACCCACUGCAUCAAGAAUCUGCUCUGCAGCUUCAACCGCAAGUAUCGCGAUGAAAUCCUGGACUACGUGCGCCUCUCCGAGAGCAAGCGACUCGGGCGGCCGGAGGAGUGGCACAACACAGAUGACAUGCUCUACGCCGCCCUCACGGGUUUCUUGCAGAAUGAGCGGCCGGACUUGAAGGAGGAGUACAACCGCAGCCUCGAGCAGAGCGGCAUCACGGUGCUGCAGGACACAGCCAUGACAGGGCUGCAGGUGGACGUCAUCCCGGUGCACCUGCUCAACUUCGACACGAUUGAUGAAGCGAUACGCGAGGCGAUGCACACGUACUACAUGGAGGCAACCAAGAGAAACAACGGGGAGGGAGAAAGUGGAGCAAGCUCCUCGCAAGUGCUGACGUGGUCGCAGGUAUGCAAGCCGAUCUGGCGGCGCUCCUCUGAAGGCUCGUCGAUUCGGGUGCCGGGGUGCAUGAUGGCGAGCGGCCGAAAGAGCAUCCCAGCCGGCGAGCCCACCCCCACCGAUUCUCAUGGGCCUGCAAGCGCGAGUGAGAGCCUCAGCACGCCCAGCGGGACCUCGGUGGGCCACCACUGCCGGAAUGGUCGGCUGCGGCAGCACUUCCUCAUCAACAUGGACUUCGCGUUUGGAGCGCAGGCGGAAGGUAUCUGCCGCGUGAUAUUCAGCGCCUUUGGCAAGCGCAUCCGCAGCGUCAGUGUCAUGGGCAAGGCCGGCGGCCUCACCGGCAAGCGCGGCGACAUACAGCUUGCUAGCCACGUCCUCCUCUCCAAGUCCUCCCUCAUCCUCGAGGACAACCAGGACGAGCUGCGCAACUGCCGCAACCAAGACCUCACAGCGCAACGGCUGCAGGAGCUGGCCGGCCCGCGUGUCAAGGUGCAUCACGGCAAGGUGUUGACCGUGACGGGAACAAUGCUGCAGAACGUGUCCCUCUUGCGGUACUACCAGCAAGUAUGGCGCUGCAUCGGGACGGAGAUGGAGGGGUCGUACUUUGCGCGUGUCAUCGAGGACUUCUACCGACAAGGCAUCGCCCACCCCGGGCUGACGACGCGCUUCGCCUACUAUACGAGUGAUCUCCCCCUCGCGCAGAACGAUGCUGAGAUGGAGGCGCGGCGGACGCACCGACUGCCGGCUGGAGGCACGACGCUGUCGGCGCCCAUGAGUUCGCAGGAGGGCGUGCCGCCACUCUACGCGAUCGCGCGUGGCAUCCUGGAGAAUGUCCUGCUGUAA